GGCGGGCGGGAUGCACGUCACUCGACUUCGUCCGUCCGCCCGCACCACCCACCCAUCCGCUUAUACUAUAACCUCGUUAGUCUAAGUGACGUAAAGCAUUCGCGACUAGCCGUGUAUAGUGAACACGUAGACGCCACCAAGUGUUGCGGAACUCAUCGGACCCACGGAUUGUACAGUGAUCACACAAAUAAAAUAUAACCUUGCCAGCUGCAUUUAUUAUUCAGUGACUGCGCUAACCUAUAGCCAGGAUGGCGCCCUUUACAGGUAAACAUGAGGAUAAAACAAGGGGUUGAUAAUGGCAAUAUUACUACUGUAUUUCGAAAUGAACAUUUGCUACAAAGAAAUACCGAUAACAGAAGCUGGAUUGUAUCAAGCGAUAAUAAUAUAGAGACCAACAGCACGUACAGAAAUAUAAAUAAAAAACAAAAUUUUAAAGAUAAUUCAAAUACUAAUUAUAACAUUUCAUACGAAAGUGACAACAUAUUAGAAAAUACCACCAUAACCGCAACACCUAGCAGUUAUCAACUAGAAAGAACCAUAGAUGUUGAGCUGGCAGUCUGCAAUAGACAAUAUAGAAUAAACGCUCAGAAAAACAUAAACGUUCGAAAGUUGUGCAGUAAGGAGAAAACAGACAAUCUGGAGGGACCUAAGGCAAAAUCGACUGAAUGCUUUUUAGGAGAUCCCGAUGCAUAUUCAAACACAACUCCCCUUGAUGAAGAACGAGCAUUUGAUCACUCAGAUACGGAUGAAAUGUCUGAAAACGGUAUCCAAACAUUGUCUAGGGGAAUAGUUAAUCCAAAUUAUCCUGGGUUUCAACAUUUAGCACACACUUUACAGGAUUAUUCAUCAAAUAUAGAAAAUUUUUAUCAAUCUGAAAAUGAUAUGACUGAUGAUGAUAUAGAUGUUGAAAUCACGGAAUUAAGUUAUGAAACCGAAUGUGAUCAAAACUCAACAUUAGCAGAAUAUAAGAAUAUCAACAAUAAUAACAAUAAUGUUGACAUAAAGGAUUCUAAGUUUUCUUUAUCUAAAAAGAAUUCUACGAUAGAAAGCAAAAGAAUAGAUUGCCAUAUAAAUAAUGAUAUUCCUGAUCUCUUAAAAACUAUCUCUUCAAAUAAUAAUAACAUAAAUUCAAAUAGUUGCGAUUCCAACUAUUCAGAUACUGAUAUAGAGAAUAAUUUUCAUACCAAGGAUAUUAUAGGAGAUUUUAACAAGGAAAUUGAAGAUGAAAUAAAACAAUUACUAAAUUAUAAUAUUAAUAUUCAAGACGACCUUGAGGAGUUAAGAAAAGAUAUAAAGGAAACCUUUGCUAAGCCUAUUGAAACUACAAUUAACAAUAUUAGUGACGUUGUUAAUCAUGUUAUAAAAAAAUUAGUAGAAACACAAACUGAUGUAUGUGACCAAUGUGACGAUAAACAGAGUAAUAAAGAAAAUAAUGCUAGUAAUGAAAAAGUAAUAGAAAUUUGUAAUGUUAACAAAGAAAAUGAAAAAAAUACAAGAACAGAAAUGAACUUAAGUAGGCCUACCUUUUUAUUAUUAGAUAGUAGUAGUAAUACGACAAUUGCGGACGCUUUUCUAUCUGACGGUAAAGAUGAAAUUAAUAUUUACGAUAGUGAAUAUGAUACAGAAAGAUUGAGUACCAAUGUCGAGAAUACUAUUAAACAGCUCAGUACUGAAUUACGAAAAAUAAUUCCAAAACUGGAUGAAAUGCGUGAACGCGAUAAGUUAUGGGCUACCUGUAAAAAAGAUACAGUUGUUACGGAUGGUAAUUCAAAUGAGAUAGCUAGUUCUUCAAAGUGUUUUGAUUAUCCUUUUAUUGCAGACAAUAGUAGAAAGAAAUCACCUAAAGAUGUUAAUACUAUUACAAAUAAUUCUGUUAAGGCUACAAUUGAACCGAGAACAGCGAAAGAACGCCAAAAAGAAACAAUUUAUAGCAAAAAUAAUUGUUUACGAAGCGCUCAAAGUACCAGCACAUCCGUCCGUAAUAAAAACAACAGUGAUAGAGACUGUGAUUUAGGAAGCUUCGAUGUUUACAAUAUAGAAACAGCGCUACCAAAAUUAGAUUUGGAUGCAAUAGAAAACCACAUAAAGGCAGCAAAGGAAGCAGAGAGGCGGAAACGCAAUGACAGAGAAGAAAUAAGAAGAAGAUUAGCUAUGGGAGCUGAUACAGAAGAAUACUACAGCUUAGGCCAUGUAGACCGCCCUGGUAAAAAACCGAGUUUACAUUCUCGACUGCAAAAUGGGAUGAAUCUACAAAUUUGUUUCAUGAACGAGACAGCAUCUGACAAUGAGUCUCAGGCUUCUGAUGCAGAGAAAAACUUGAAUAAUAAAAGUUUAUCCCAAUCAAGCAUUUUCAGCAAGUCAAACUAUAAUCACCCAUAUCAGACAAGACCAUUGUCUGUCAAUAUAACAAAACAUGACAAAAUAAGCACUGUUCAAAGUGGUGCAAAAUUGCGUCCAACAUCAUUAUCAAGUAAACCUAAAACUCGGUCAUCACAAUCUAUGACCCACAUUGAACUCAAAGAAUCUGACUUCUAUGCUUUACAAGCUACAUUACAAACAGAAGCGAGGAUAGCACUGGCUCAAGCAAAAGAAAUGGCUCGUCUACAGAUGGAGCGCGAGCGCCGCAGUCGCGCCGUGUCGCCUGUGACGGAGAUGUUGCGCCGCAGCAUGGAGAAAGCUAACGCACCACUCGCCGCCGACAGACGUCGCGUUUCUCGACAGUUGCUCACGGAUAUGAAUAUUGCGCAGUUGCAGGUUAUAGUAAAUGAGCUGCAUUCCCAAAUUGAGUCCUUAAAUGAUAGUUUGGUUAAAUUACUAAUGGCGCGUGACGAGUUGCACAUGGGACAGGACUCCAUGCUUGUUGAUAUAGAAGAUCUCACCAGAUAUUUAGGCGUAAAGGAGCAGACAAAAAAGACCAAAGGUACUACUAAAUCCGGUGUGCGGAGGCUCACUUCGUUAGUGCACAAAUAGGCACUUAAUACAUUUUAAUAUUAGACUUUUAAUGGCAACUUAUAUACUAUUUAGGAAAUUAUGGUUGCUAUAAUUUUUAAGCUAUAUAUAGUGCGACGAAAGAUAGUUAUCGUGUUCACUAAAACAGUUGGCCCACUGAUGUAAGUGUAAAGUAAUUGAAUGUUAACUCUUGUUCAAAAUAAUAUAAGGUCUAAAAUCUAUUGGCCAUAAGUUAGAUUUAAUGGCCGAGAACUUGCACCGUCUCUCCUCGCACUGUAAAUUGUUUUGAAAUCCUAUUAUCGCUAAAAGUAUAUACAUCAAAAAUAAGUGAGGUUAUAUAUUAAAAUCACUACGCGUAUACUGAAUAUUUUUCUUGAUUAACUUGGUUGAUAAAACUAUAUUAUUUAAAAUUCGUAUGUUAUUUAAAAUAUAUCAGGAUAUUAAAGUUUUAUACUAUUGGUAGACAAUGUUCAAUAGCUUGUAUUGGAGCGGAGUAACACCAAUGAAAUUACCCAGAUGCAUAGAGGACCAAUUUCUUUUCUCUGAAAAUUAUCUCUCCCUCUGACAAUGUCAGUCAACAUGUUUUUAAAAUUUACGAUUGUACAUUUUAUAAUACCUAUCCUUUAAUUAUUAUGUAACCUCAAUAAAAUGUUAUAAGUAUCUAAAUGGAGUUGUAAGUUUCACAUCUUAAAUUUCAGGUUAUAUAAUAAUCGAGGCAGGAUGUUUUUCAAAAUAUAACUUAAAUAGCUAUGAUGUAAACAGCCCUUAAUAUUAUAAACUGUUUUGGUCUCAAUGUUAUAUUGUAAUUACCUAAUUAAUGACGUUUAUACAACGUAUAAUGGAUUCUGUACAUCUAGUGCAAUAUAUUGAUUUGUAUUUAUGUAAACUUUCUCUUUAGUUUCAAGUUUAAAUUUAGUUGAAGUUACUAUUUUAACAUUGACGACCUUGUUGGUGUAGUGGUUUAACAUAUCUCCUUAUUUUCUAAAGAUGUCGGGAUUGAUUCCCACACAAUACAUAAAAAUUUAAAAAUACAUAAAAAUUAUUGUUUGUGAGUAUGUUUGUUUGUAUUGGUGUUUUAUAAGUAUUUAAAAAAAAAUUAAUUGCUUUUAUCAGUUGUCUAGUACCCAUAGUAAAGCUCUGUUUAGUUUGGGACUAGAUGGCGUUGUGUAAUAUGUGCAAGGGUAUUUAUUACUAUAUUUAUUUACUAACUAGAUAAACUCUCUACGCUAUUGAGGUAAUAAGUAAUUUCUUCAAUUCUAGUCUUUUUAAAGUAUUUUGAUAUUAUCAUAAUUAAAAGCGUUAGGUAUUUGAAUAUUGUCAUUUUGUACAUUUGUAUUUCCACUAUACGUUGUAUACACUAUUGUUUUUAUUACAUUAUAUCUCAAUAUACUUACCAUUUUAUCAUAUGCAAUGUUUAUAUCUAAAUCCUUUAUGUAUGUUAAUAAUAAACGUGUACAUAACAUUAGCCAUACAGCAUGUCGAUAUGUGUAUAACUUGAAAUCUUCUAACAUAUUUAUAUGUAUUUAUUUUUCUUGUAUAUGUACAAUAAUUUGUUGUAAAGAAGUAACGACCGUAUUUCAAGUUAUAAGGCAGUUGUUCGUAUUGUUUACAUGCUGUUUUCACAAUGUAUCACCAACUAUAUAACACCAGUUACAGUUACUGAUUAUUUAUUUAUCUGUAGACAUAAUAUUGGAAUGUAUAUUCUUAUAGUAUACCCGCUUAAAUCUAGAUAUUAUUAGCCCACCUAGAGAUAAAAUAUUUUGUGAUUAUUCGCAGAUUAGAGGAAAUAUUUUUUCAUUAUAGUGCUGAUUGUUAUAAUCUGCCAAGGGGUCACAGUCCGAUUAUAGGAAGACAGGGGCUGUUGGCUCUUUGUCAGAACAUUAGUAUAUUCACAUUAGGCAUGUAGUGAUGCACAUGCCGACGGUAAUAUCCUAGGAUUUUGAAGAGGCUUUCGAUAUGUAAACUGGCGAGUGAAGAAAUCUAGCUACACAUUUGCCGAGUCAAAUGCAUGAUCUUAGCUACCUAACUUCAUUUUAGAAAAAGUUUACAACGAUCUAAACAUACUAAACACUGAAUAUUACAACUACCCAGAACAUCUAUUCCUGACUGCGAGAGCUGACUCCAUAUGAAAUAGAUACAGGUGAAACUAAGAGUGUGUGUGAGAGAAAAAAAAGAAAGACUUGAUUUUUUAAAUAUUAUACCUAUUAGAGGCAACACGUUAAUUGGACAUUUAGCACUUGAAAUAUGAGAAUUUGAAUCAACAAUAUUUGGAUGGCUUGAUUUUUUCACUUGUCUGGACAAAGCAUAGUAUUAUUACUAUUGCAGUGACAAAGUUUUCCUAAUAAUUUACCACCUUAAAAA